GCAGAGAGGGAGGGAGAAACGGGAUUUUUGGGGAAACCAAAUGCAAAUCUGUCCGCCUCUCUCACUCUUACAACCUCCAGGCGUACCAGUCUGUGUUGCGCCUCCGCUCUCUCAACUUUUUCUGAUUACAACUCCUCAGCAACUCGCACUUUUUAUUCCCCGGCAGCGGAGGGAUGUUCCCUGGAAGGAGGUUACACCCCAGCUGAGCAUUCUCACCUUGGAAAGUUUAGAGAGUCAGGCUGAUAACUUUUCGCAGAGUCCGUGAAUGGGGAGCAUUAGGUUAUAUGUUUUAAAACUUUCCAUUGUGUCUAAGUUUUUUCUUUUUCAAUGGCAAACGGCUGCUUUAAUGAUACGCUUAGUGACCGAGUCCCUCGAGAGAAAGUUUAGUGAACUUGUGUAACUGCGAACUUAAUCUGAGUUGGACUUUUUUUUUUGUAAAUUGUAAUACGCAGUCGAAACGGCUCUCUUGAAGUUUUUGGGGAUCAUCACUGACACAGCGUCUGAAUUCACCUCGGGGAUUUGCAUUUAACUUCGGUUGGGAGUAAUUUCAGUGGAUAUCAUGCCUCCAACAGGGCCGGAGAGGCGCGCUGCGCUCUGCCGGGUUUGGGCUCUGCUUUUCGCUCUGCUGGUGUGCGCUGCAUCGGUGGAUGGAUGCCCACACAAGUGUAGCUGCUCCGGGUCUCAUGUGGACUGCCAAGGUCUGGGUUUGAAGACGGUGCCUAAAGGAAUACCGAGGAAUGCCGAGCGCCUGGAUUUGAACAGAAACAACAUCACCAGAGUCACUAAAGUGGAUUUCUCUGGCCUCAAGAACCUCAGGAUUCUUCAUCUGGAGGACAACCAAAUCAGUGUUAUCGAGAGAGGAGCCUUCCAAGACCUAAGACUGCUGGAGAGACUUCGCCUGAACAGAAACAAACUCCAGUUCCUCCCAGAGCUUCUCUUCCAGUCCAACCCCAAACUAGGACGACUAGACCUCAGUGAGAACCAGAUUCAGGCUGUUCCAAGGAAAGCUUUCAGAGGAAUCACCAGUGUCAAGAACCUGCAACUGGACAGCAACCACAUCAGCUGCAUCGAAGAUGGAGCUUUCCGAGCGCUGCGCGAUCUGGAGAUUCUCACCCUCAACAACAACAACAUCACCCUCAUCCCCCUGUCCAGCUUCAACCACAUGCCCAAGCUGCGGACACUCCGUCUGCACUCCAACAACCUCCACUGUGACUGUCAUUUGUCCUGGCUCUCUGAUUGGCUCAGAGCCCGACGGGGCUUGGCUCCCUUCACUCAGUGCAUGGCCCCCGCCAACAUGAGGGGCCUCAAUGUCCCAGAAGUGCAGAAGAAGGAUUUUAUCUGCAAUGGUCCACCACAGACAGAGUCGAGGACUUGUGUUCCUCAAGUAGCUGUGUGUCCACCAAGUUGCAGCUGUAACAACAACAUAGUGGACUGUCGUCGCAAAGGUCUCACUGAAAUACCAGGAAACCUCCCUGAAGGCAUCGUGGAGAUUCGUCUGGAGCAGAACUUGAUUAAAGGUGUCCCAGCAGGAGCCUUUUCUGCCUACAAGAAGCUAAAGAGGAUUGACUUAAGUAAGAACCAGAUUUCUGACAUUGCUGCAGAUGCUUUCAGUGGCCUUCGCUCGCUCACCUCACUGGUGCUGUAUGGCAAUAAGAUCACCGAGCUGCCUAAGGGCCUAUUUGAUGGACUGGUUUCCCUGCAGCUGCUAUUACUUAACGCCAACAAAAUUAACUGUUUGAGAGUCAACACCUUCCAAGACCUACAGAACCUCAACCUGCUUUCACUGUACGACAACAAGCUGCAAACUAUCAGUAAAGGACUGUUCACCCCUCUGCGCUCCAUCAAGACUCUUCAUCUGGCCCAGAAUCCCUUUAUGUGUGACUGUCAUCUGAAGUGGCUGGCAGACUACCUGUUUGACAACCCCAUUGAGACCAGUGGUGCACGCUGCAGCCAUCCCAGAAGACUGGCUAACAAACGAAUCAGCCAGGUCAAAGGGAAGAAGUUCAGGUGCACAGGUCAGGAGGACUAUCGAAGCCGUCUAAGUGGGGAGUGUUUCCAGGAUCUUGUAUGUCCAGAGAAAUGUCGCUGUGAAGGCACAGUGGUCGACUGCUCCAACCUCAAACUGACCCGAAUACCUCCACACAUCCCUGAACACACCACUGACCUGCGGCUAAACGACAAUGACAUUGCUGUCCUGGAGGCUACAGGGACGUUCAAGAAGCUGCCUAACUUGAGGAAAAUCAAUCUGAGCAACAACAAGCUGAGGGACAUCCGUGAAGGUGCAUUUGAUGGAGCUGGUGGAGUUUUAGAGCUGCUGCUGACGGGGAACAAGCUAACUGGACUGCAGGGACGCAUGUUCAAAGGUCUUGGUGGACUGAAAACUCUCAUGCUGCGGAGCAACCAGAUCAGCUGCAUUGACAACAAUACGUUCACGGGUCUGAGCUCGGUGCGUCUUCUGUCGCUCUACGACAACCGGAUCUCCAGCAUCGCCCCGGGAGCCUUCUCCACGCUACACUCCUUGUCCACCAUAAACCUUCUGUCCAACCCGUACAUGUGUGAUUGUCACUUGGCCUGGUUGGGUCAGUGGUUGAAGAAGACCCGGGUGGUCAGUGGAAACCCUCGCUGUCAGAAACCAGCUUUCCUGAAGGAGAUUCCCAUCCAGGAUGUGGCUACUCCAGACUUCACAUGUGACGGUGCUGAGGAUAAUGGUUGUCUUCCUGCGUCUGGUUGCCCUGACGUCUGCACGUGCUCAGAUGGCGUGGUACGGUGCAGCAACAGAGGGCUGCACUCUCUGCCCAAGGGCAUUCCCAAGGACACCACCGAGCUUUACCUAGAGGGUAAUAUGCUGACAUCUGUGCCCAAGGAGCUGGCCGCGCUGAAGCAGCUGUCAUUGGUGGACCUGAGCAACAACAGUAUCAGCACACUGGCCUCGUACACCUUCAGCAACAUGACUCAACUAGCUACACUCAUCCUGAGUUAUAACCAGAUUCGCUGCAUACCGGUCCAUGCCUUUGACGGUCUCAAGUCACUUCGCCUGCUAACUCUCCAUGGUAAUGACCUUUCAACUAUCCCAGAAGGAGCUUUCAACCACCUCACCUCUCUUUCCCACUUGGCUCUUGGUGCCAACCCCUUGUACUGUAACUGUGACCUGCGUUGGCUCUCUCAGUGGGUCAAGGCCGGCUUUAAAGAGCCCGGCAUUGCUCGUUGCACUGGACCUCCUGACAUGGCUGACAGACUGCUUCUCACUACCCCACUCAACAGAUUUCAGUGUAAAGGUCCAGUGGAUAUCAGCCUGAUGUCAAAGUGUGCCCCCUGCCUUGCAGCACCCUGCCAAAACAAUGGUACUUGUGUCUCUGAUGCCGUUGGGUCCUACCACUGCACCUGUCCAUAUGGAUUCAAGGGCCAAGACUGUGAAAUACCCAUCAAUGCCUGUAUUAGCUUCCCCUGUUCUAAUGGAGGGACCUGUCACAUUCAACCUGGCUAUGGAGACCACUAUAGCUGUGUGUGUCCGCCAGGUUUCGAGGGCCAGCGUUGUGAGAUAAACCCAGAUGACUGUGAAGACAACGACUGUGAGAACAACUCCACCUGCAUUGAUGGAGUCAAUAACUACACCUGCAUUUGUCCACCCAACUACACAGGUGACUUGUGUGAGGAGGUGGUUGACCCUUGUCUCAGUGGUUUUGACCCCUGCCAGCACGACUCAAAGUGCAUUCAUGUCGGCCGGAGUUACAGGUGUGAGUGCUUACCAGGCUAUGUAGGCCAACACUGCGAGCAGGACUAUAAUGACUGUCUGGAGAAUAAGUGUCAGCACGGAGCAGAGUGUGUGGACGCUGUCAACGGCUAUACCUGCGUCUGUAAAGAGGGUUUCAGUGGGCUGUUCUGUGAGAACCCUCCUCCAAUGAUCUUGCUGCAGACGAGUCCCUGCGACCAAUCCGAUUGCCAGAAUGGCGCCCAAUGCCUGGUGGUUGCUGGGGAGCCCAUCUGUCGCUGCAUGCCUGGUUUCUAUGGCAACAAAUGUGACAAAAUGGUCACUGUUCACUUCCUGGGUCGUGAUGGGUACAUGGAGCUGCCAGGCGCAAAGCUUCGUCCAACUGCUCAUAUUUCAUUACAGGUAGCUACAGAUAAAGACAACGGCAUUUUGCUGUACAAGGAAGACCACGAUCCCCUGGCACUGGAGCUUUAUCAAGGACACAUACGACUCAUUUACGACAUUGCCAACUACCCACCAACCACUGUGUACAGCGUGGAGUCGGUGAAUGACGGACUUUUCCACACAGUUGAGCUGUUGAUUCAGAACCGUUCACUGAGCCUGGUGGUGGAUAACGGCGCCCCCAAGAGCCUGGGCAAGCUGGCUCGCCAGCCCUCCGUUGAUCACAACACCCAACUCUACAUAGGAGGCGUGCCACCCCAGGUCGUGGCUUCAGGUCUUCGACCAGGCCCUGAACGUUCCCCUCAGGCUUUCAAUGGCUGCAUUCACAAUGUCCGGAUCAACGGGGAGCCUCAAGACCUGAGUUACAGAUCCACAGGAGGACGGCUACAGGGUGUCGCGGGAAAGGCUGAUGGCAUUCUUGCAGGGUGUCAUUCCUGCAGUGUGUGUGCACAGGGUGCGUGCCGAGAGGGAGGGGAAACAGGGGUAACUUGUGAUUGUCCUCCAGGGCGCAGCGGGGCCCUGUGUGACCAGACGACAGAUACUAACCCCUGUCAGAAGAGCAGAUGUGUUCAUGGCCAGUGUGUGCCGAAGGGUGAGUCUUACAGUUGCCAGUGCAGUGAAGGAUAUCAGGGUCAGUACUGUGACCGAAGACAAGAGCCUCCAGCCUGUAGGGGGCAGCGCUGUGGACGAGGAGAGUGUCGCUUGUCAGAAGGAGGGGCACCGGUCUGCCACUGUCAGCCAGGGUACACUGGACCUACCUGUGACACAGAGCUCACGUGUCAGGGUGAAAUGGUGAGGGAGCAGCUGAAGCGCCACCAAGCUCUGAGAACAUGCACAUCCACCAGCAAGAUUCCUCGCAUGGAUUGCCCCAGAUCCUGCCAGGCUUCAGCGCCCCCUGGUAUCUGCUGUGGUGUCACCAAAAGCAGACGGAGAAAGGUGGUUUUCCGCUGCACUGACGGCGCCUCGUACUCAGAGGAGAUAGAAACCCCACUGGAAUGUGGCUGCUCCAAAUGCCCAUUGUAACAGCACAGCAGUUUGUUUGUUACUAUCGCAACACUCACCGCUGCCAUUUUGUGAAUUCAACACGCCAACGAGGCUCUGAGAUUCUUCCGCGUUGUUGAGCACCAGCAUUACGUGAUUUUUUUUAAAUCCCACAUUUGACCGCUGCCAAUUUGCUGCCAAGAGAAGCCACAAACAAAAAUGGGACAUGGGUGCGUGUUCUUUGACAGAGAGAAAAUAUAUUGUAAGAUAUAAGUGAGAAAAAACAUAGAACUUAUUUUUAUUAUGGAUUUGUUUUUCUAAAAGAUGAUAAAAGGACUGAUGAGUUGUUUUUUAAUAUGUUGAUUAUAUAAUGUGUUGCAUAGUAUAAAGAAGUUAUUUUGUACCUUGUAAGAAGAAAAAGUACACAGCAAAAUAGAUUAACAUUCCGUAAAAAUAUAUAAAUUUAUAUGUAUGUAUAAAUCUAUAUAAAUAUUUACCCUAACCCGAUGAAUUCUAUAUCUUCUAAGUGUAUUUGCAUGAUGUUAAUGUGAGUGCCACUGUGUGGGAGGCUUUGGACACUGAUAGAGAAGAGCUGAGAAAGAAGAGCUGCGUUGAUCCCACAACGAGGAAAAGGUGGCGGUCUUUUGUUGCCCUCUCUCCUUUGAAGGCUAAAUGGAAACUGUAUGUGCCUAGCUAACCUGCUUCACUAUAUAACGGACAUCAUCCUCACAUGUGAGUUCACAUAAAAGACUCUUUCCACGGAGAAGAUUUAACAGUUUGUUCUAAUAUUGUGUUGUUCUUUCGUUUGCUGUUGCAUGCCAGACUUGGAGGCACAAGAGGUUUGACAUGAAAAUCUGAACAACAUCUGCCUCUCAUUAGGAGUUCAUUAUAAAUCAGCCAUUCCCAUUCAGACCAACAGUAGUGAAAAAUCACACUGUAAAUCCAGCAUUAUGCUGAAUCUCUUGUCCCCAGUGAGUCAUUAGAGCUCAUAACAUAAGCCCAUGUGGAAACAGGAAUACACUUUUUUUUUUUUUUUUACAAACCACCCAGUCACAUAACAAAAGAGUUGUUUCAGUGGAAGAGUAACUUGCUGGGUGGAGUUAGAAAACAAUACAACAUUUUCAGGUUGCUCUUUCAAUGCCUGCUCAGCAACAUAACUUGGGUGAGGAACGUUGUCAAUAUACCAAAGUCCAUUGUGUUUGCCUUAAUGAAUACAUAUAUUUCAGAAAACAACAACGGUAUUUGCUGAUUGCUUCAGGACCAAGCUCCUGGAUGUGCUUGUUUUGUAAUCCCAAAUUGCUGCUUGGUUAUUCUGGAUCCAAUCCUUGACAACCUAGGCAAAGUUCCCUGGUGGCCUUCUUUAAUUCCCAAAGAUGAUAAUGAUGAAACAAAUACCCUACUCUUCUGUCCUCUGGCCAGAUUGUAUUUGACAUCCCUGUGAAAUACCGUAUAAGUGCUUUCAUGCAUGACAUGCACACUGGAACAUGAUGUUAAAUGUUGCAGGAGACAUGUAUUUUAAAAGUUGCAGUACUUUCUUGAUCAUUUGUUAAUGAUUUAAGUUUGAACAUUACUAGUGUGUAGUGGAGGUAAAAAACGUGCCUUGCAGAUGUUGACCAAAAGGCUAAGUGCGUCAGAACAAGCUUCUGUGACAUGAUUUCAAUUAAGGAACCACAACACAGCUAAAGAAAACCUCAACACCAGUAUGAUUCUUAACAUUCCCUAGCUGACUAACACAAUUACAAAUAAAGCAAAAAAAAAAAAAAAAAAAAAAAAAACAUAAUGUAAUUACUACUGUAUUGUUUAUACAUUGUUGCUAUGUUUACAGCAGAUGCAAAGUAUUGCCACAUUUCUGCAGCUAAUUUACAGUUCUGCUGUGGUGGGUUUGCGACAUAUCAGUGUUAUCCUCAUCUGUUACUUUCACAGUUCCUUCUGCUUGCUUCUUCCCCACACUUCUUUUCUAUCGAGGUUUUCUUUCCUUUUGGCUGUUCUUCAUAUCAUUCCCACAAUGCCUCUUCCAAUCCAUCCAUGAUUUCUAAUUCUUUGCCUCCAUUUUCAAACAGUUCGGACCUUUACCCAGCCUCCCUUCCCUUUGCCUUUUCAUAUGGUGUAUUCAGUGGUUUAAUUCCUCAUUGUGAACUAAAUAAAACACCUCAGUUAUUAGUUAUUAAAUAUAAAAAAUAACUGUCAUUCACAUCCAUUGUGUAGGACCUAGUUUUAAUAAACAUGAUUAUGUGAAUGAUCAUAAUUGAUACUUAUGUUGAAUGUUAAAAUUAAACUACCAUUGAAACUAUUAUAAUCCUCUAUGACUGAGUUCUUGAGCUCAAGAUGAAUGUUUGACUGCCAAUGUACAAAUCAAAACAUGAUGCAACAGACAUUUUGAUACAGAAUGCAAUUGAGUCAGUAAAUUGCAAUUAUAUUGUCACUUUUUGAAAUAUUUGAACUGGGUUGGGAUUAUUUAAAACUGCUUCCAAACACAAUCGUUUGGUUUUAGGUGUUGUGUUUUAUUUUCAUUUUUAUUUUUAUCAUUUUUUUCUGUCAAAAUGGAAAACUGGGGAGUGGAUCAAGUUGAAAACAUAUUUUUUUUAUUAUUAUUAUUUUAAUAUUGUUAAACCAAAAUCCCACUUUAAUACGUUUAUGUUUUUUAAAUCACAUUCAGUAAAUGUUCCCAUUUAGCCACCACAUCUUUUAUAAAGAAGCAAACAUUGAAAUAUCCCAUAAAGCAGUGACUGUGAUACUAAAAUAAAAUAAAAAGUUAAUUGCUCCUUG